AUCAGAUAUUCAUCUUCACUUGCUGAUCCUCUGCUGAUCUCGAUCCAUCAUCCUCAUCCCUCCCUUCGCUUAUAGACUCACGAGCCCCCAACAUAGAUUCACAACUCGCCUCCAAUUUUCUCGACUCUAUUCUUUGAAUCAAGCGUGCUGCGCUUCUCCCAAUCUCUUAUGUGGCACAUUCCACUCCAACUCCCCCCCUCCGCCUGAUCUGCCGCAUCGCUUUAGACCGCUCUGAUCUGUUCAACCAUGGCCUAUUCCAAUCCUCGGGACUCGGUCUUCAACAAGCCAAAGCCUGUCGUUACCCUUCCCGCCGGAAUCCUCGACGGCAUCACCCAGUCCGCCCAGCCCUACCCAAUCCCUCAAGGACGGAAGUUUGAAUAUGGCACCGCAGGGUUUCGCAUGAAAGCCAAUGCUGGCUUGGAUCACGUCAUUUACACUGUUGGUCUCAUUGCAGCUCUGCGGUCAAAGAAGCGCAAUGCCACCGUUGGUAUCAUGAUCACAGCUAGCCACAAUCCUGCUGAGGAUAAUGGGGUCAAGUUGGUGGACCCUCUGGGUGACAUGCUUGAGCAAUCUUGGGAGGCUUAUGCCACGACACUCGCCAACACUCCCAACGAUCAGUUAGCAAAGGCAUACGAACAACUAACCAACGACCUCCUAGUUGAUGAAAUUCGCCAACUCCAUGAACGGCCUGCCAAGGUCGUCUUUGCCCGCGACACCCGCGCUUCCGGUCCUUACCUUACCACGGCUCUGAAAGCUGCCCUGGAGGCCGCAGGGGUCGAGUACAAGGACUAUGGCAUCUUCACUACCCCACAGCUUCAUUACGUCGUGCGCUGUAUCAAUACUUUGAAUUCGCCGUACGAGUUUGGUGAGCCAACCGAAGAGGGCUAUUACAAGAAGACGGCAAAUGCCUUCAAAACAAUCAUGCACGGUCGCUCCAUCAAUGGUUCCGUCACAGUAGACUGUGCCAAUGGUGUUGGUGGUCCCAAGUUGAGGGAGCUGAUCAAAUACCUUCCUAGUGCCAAGGAUGGUGGCAUCGACAUCAAGGUCGUCAACGAUGACGUGGUCAAGCCCGAGGCGCUCAACCUUGAUUGUGGAGCAGAUUAUGUCAAGACCAAACAGCGCGCGCCUCCAACCUCAAAGGCUCAACCUGGGGAUCGAUGCGCCUCCUUGGAUGGAGAUGCUGAUCGUCUCGUCUACUACUAUACUGAUGAAAAUCAGACUUUCCACCUGCUCGACGGUGAUCGGAUUGCUACCCUUGCUGCGGUCUUUCUCGCCGACAUCGUCCGGAUUGCCGGUAUCGACCAGAAAAUCAAGAUGGGCAUCGUACAGACGGCUUACGCCAACGGAGCUUCUACUGAAUAUGUGGAAAAGGUGCUCAAAUUGCCCGUCACCUGCACUCCUACCGGCGUCAAGCAUCUCCAUCAUGCUGCGGCUCGAUAUGAUAUUGGUAUCUAUUUUGAGGCUAAUGGACACGGAACCAUUCUCUUCUCCGACAAUGCCAUCAAGAUCAUCAAGGAAUCGGAGCCCAAGUCGCCAGGCCAGAAACAUGCCCUUGAAUCUCUUCGUGCCUCAAUCGAUCUCAUCAACCAAGCGGUGGGAGACGCUAUCUCCGAUCUCCUCUUCGCCGAGGUCGUUCUCGCUCAUAAAUCAUGGACACCCGAGAAUUGGCUCAACACCUACAUCGACUUGCCCAACCGCUUGGUUCGAGUAGAAGUACAAGACCGAUCCAUUUUCAAAGCCACUGACGCUGAACGAAAGUUGGAAUCUCCGAAGGGAGCACAAGAAGAAAUCGACAAACUCUGUCAGCUAUACGUCAAGGGACGAUCUUUUGCUCGAGCAUCAGGAACGGAGGAUGCCGUGCGGGUGUAUGCAGAGGCACAUUCCAAAAUCGAGGCGGAGAAACUGGCCAGCCAAGUGGCAGAAGUCGUCCGAAAAUACGGUACUUAGAAGGUGAUGGAACGACUUCGGUCUUCACGGUCUGUGGCCAAUCGACGGGUUUCUCGUAACAACGGCAAGGUUCUCAGCCACUUGCCGGUGAGAAAACCACGGUGCCGAUCACGCUGAACAAUCUACACGGAAGGCUAGAGGUUUAUGAAUUCACGAUGAAUCCGGGGUUCGAAGACAAUGGGAGGGCUUCUUAUAAAAACAGUACCAAAAGCACGGUGAAUAGCCAGAGCAUCAGACAUGAGGGCAUGAAGGUAUGAAUGAAGUCAUGGAGGAAACGUGCGAUGGUUGGCAUAGCGACUGGCGCAUCAUCAGAUACUAGUUAGGAUAGGUCAGAUCUCUCAUCUCUCGAUUUCUCUCUCUCCUCUCCGCCCCGACAUGGAUGUG